UCUGUGAGUAGUUGAUGAUGUCCUGCUGUUUCAGGAUGAGGAAAACUACAGUGUGGGCAUCUGCAGUACUGGUCGUGUGCCUCGCCGGCCUGUGUGAGUCGGCCAGGAUCCUCUGCCUGAUGACCACCGUCUCCCGCAGCCACCACAUCUUCAACCGGGCCCUCACGCUCGAGCUCGCCAAACGCGGUCACCAGGUGACUGUGUUCACUCCAGACCGGGAGAAGAAACCCGUUCCCAACCUCAGGGAGAUCCUGGUAGAAGGGGCAUACGAGGCAAUACACGAAGAUUACGACUACGAGAGCUUUGCCGAAGUAAGUCAGAUGGGCAUGGUCGGGGAAAUCUUCACCUGGGGACUAACCACUUGCCGACACACCUUAAGCUCGAAAGGUGCUCGACAGUUGCUAGAGCUGGCGAAGAACGAGACGUUCGACCUCGUCAUCACGGAAGUCGCCUUACAGGAAUGCGUGUUGGGAUUUGUCAGCAAAUUCGGCAACCCUCCAGUCAUCGGUAUCACUGCCUACGCCUGUCCUCCGUGGGCGAACGACCUGACGGGAAACUUCCAGAACCCGUCUUACGUGAAUACGUACACGUUACCUCUCACUGACCACAUGACAUUCACCCAGAGGAUGCAAAACUUCCUGCUCGACACGUAUGUGGGUCUGUAUCGGACGUUUUUAUACAUGCCAGAGCAGGAUGAGCUCAGCAGGAAGUUCUUCGGCGAGUCUACGCCGCUGCCCAGCGAGAUCGAGAAGAACGUCAGCUUCGUGAUGGUCAACACCCACUUCAGCACGGACUACCCCAAGCCGCUGGUGCCGGCCGUCAUUGAGAUCGGAGGGCUGCAAGCGAAACCUCCACAGCCAUUAUCCAAGGACCUGAAGGAGUUCCUGGACUCAGCAAAAGACGGGGCCAUCUUCAUGAGCCUGGGCAGCAACAUCCGGAGCGACAAGUUGGACGAAGCCAGCAGGCGCGCCUUCCUGGAGGCCUUUGCCAUGCUGCCCCACAAGGUGCUCUGGAAGUGGGAGUCCGACUCCCUGCCUGGUCAGCCGCCCAACGUCAAGAUCAUCAAGUGGGCGCCCCAGAACGACAUCCUGGCGCACCCCAAUGUGAAGGUGUUCAUCAGCCACGGAGGGAUGCUGAGUACCAUGGAGGCGGUGUACCACGGCGUCCCCGUGGUGGGGGUCCCCUUCCUGGCCGACCAGUACGCCAACCUGCGCAAGAACGUGGCCAAGGGCGCCGCCGUCGAGCUGGACACGCUGCGACUCACCAAGGAGUCGGUCCUCGAGGCGAUCAACAAGAUACUCAAAAACCCCAGCUACGAGCAGCGCAUGAAGCGGCUGUCGGCCAUCUACCGGGACCGGCCGCAGACAGCCCUGGAGACGGCCGUGUGGUGGACGGAGUACGCCCUGAGGCACCAGGGGGCGCCCCACCUGCGCUGCGCCUCGCUGGACCUCCACUGGUUCCAGCGCUGGCUGCUCGACGUCAUCGCCUUCCUCCUGCUGGCCGCCGCUGCCGUGUCCUCAGCUCUGUACCUCCUCACCAGGAAGGUCCUCUCGGCGCUGUUCCAGGAGGGCGGCAAGCUCAAGAGGUCGUGACACAGCAGUCCAGCUCUGGCAGCUGGCGACCCUGACAGUACAAACAAAGCCUCCCAGUGUUCCAUAGUCUACAUUCUCAUUCCAAUCUUGUGAAAAUGUUUGUCAUUGUAUACCACUAUUAUCUUCACCGAGCUUCAAAGCAAAUCACUCCCUACUUGUUAUUGUUAUACAAAUAAAAGACGAAGGUUAUUCGUAAACAGA